CGCAGCAGUAAUGUGGACGACCUUCCAGCAAAAGAGGCGUAGUUGCAACGGAAACAAAAUAUAAAACAACGGAGGAGAGAGAGAGAGAGAGAGAUCGGUCAGGGGGAGAGAGAGAGACAGAGAGAUCUAAAUUCUAAACCAAAACGGGACUCCGUAUACCCGAAAUUCACAAACCGGCUCCCCCUCACCGGUUAGAUCGUACCCUCUGUCUGCAACUUAAUUAGGGUUUAUCUUCAUUUUCAACACUUGCCCCAUAUGUUUUCUAAUUCUAUAUACAUAUAAUAAAUAUAACACCCCCAUUUCUUCAAUUGAAUGGCUUCUGAUCAAAUGUUGCCUAAUUCAUCCAAGAAGCAACAGCAAUUGGAAGCCGGAAAGAAGCGGCUAGAGGAGUUUCGUAAGAAGAAAGCAGCAGCCAAAAAAACUGCAUCUAAUAAUUCCGAUCAAUCUACUAACGGUGACAGACACGAGACAAAACCUCCAGUUCCCGAUACCGUCCCGGUAAAAACAGAUACUACAUAUGAUAUAGGUUCAGGAUUUAAUGAUGGAAAAAAUGAAAAGAAAACAAUAAAUGUUCCUGAAGCUGAACCCGAUGUGAACCCUAUAAGCAGUCUCAAUAAACCGUUUUCAAGUCCAGAGCCCAUUUAUUCAACUGGCGGAAAGUUGGACCAUAACACACCUUAUGAGGUGGACCCCCUAAAAAAUAAAGCGUUUUAUCGUCCGGAAGAACAUAAAGAGAAUGUUUAUGGUAAUUCCAAUCAGUUUAGUAAUAUACGGCUGGAAGACGCACUUAAGAAUAGUAGGGUGGAUAAUUUGAAAGAAUUAACGUCUAGAAAUCCUGUUACGACUCAAGCUUCUAUCACCAAGUCGCUGUUUGAUCAACCGGCUAACGGGCCAACAUACAGAGUUUCUUCCUCUGAAGUUAGCAAAUCUGUAUCAAGCAUAUCGGAUCAUCAUCAACCUCCAGUUUCUUCAGCUGGUGAUAUGAAUCAUGAUAACCGUUUUGAACAUCCAGCAAGUGAUAGCAACUCAUAUUUUAAAUCUUCCGAAUCUAUUUCUACAAACUUCAGUUCUGAAGCUGUUCCCUCGCAUAAUCAGACAUCCAUGUCAGCAGUCCUAGCUGGCAGAAGAUCUCGUCCUUCUUUCCUGGAUUCCCUCAACGUGUCUGGAAAUGCAGACGCAGAUAAACCUAACCCAUUCAGUUCCAAAGUUCACCCUGUAGAUGCUCGUGGUUCAUUUGAUUCUCAAAAUGUUAUGAACGAUUCUGUUGCUGAUGUGGCCGACCCGUUUAGAAAGGGUAUCGAUGAACUUGAUAUGGAGAAAAGAAGUAAUUACAAUUCUACAAAACAGAAUGAAGAUUUUGCUGCUUUGGAACAGCAUAUUGAAGAUUUGACACAAGAAAAGUUCUCUUUGCAACGAGCUCUUGAGGCUUCUCGAGUUCUCGCAGAGUCUUUAGCCACUGAGAACUCAGCGUUAACCGAUAGUUAUAACCAACAGGGAGGUGUUGUCAACCAAUUAAAGGCUGAUAUGGGGAGUUUGCAGGACGAAAUUAAUGCUCAGUUGGUGGAACUUGAGGCUUUGAGGACCGAGUACAGAAACGCUCAGUUAGAAUGUAGUGCAGCUGAUGAACGUGCCAAGUUGUUGGCUUCUGAGGUUAUUGUAUUAGAAGAGAAGGUACUCAGGCUGAGGUCGAACGAACUAAAACUGGAAAGACAAUUGGAAAACUUGGAAGCCGAAAUGUCCUCACAAAAGAGGAAAAUAUCUAGCCUGGAGAAGGACCGCCAAGAUUUGCAUUCCACUAUUAAUGCUCUACAAGAAGAGAAAAAGCUCAUGCAAUCCAAGUUGCGGAAAGCUCCUGCGAUUGUUGGUAUUAAAAAAAGUCCGAUCACUAAAAAGGAAGCAUCAACUUCUACAGAUGAUCUUGUAGAUGAGAGUGAAGAUACUUUACCCGCUACAACAAAUCUUGCGAUACAAGCUACUCUUAGUGAAAGUGGCGCUUCGUUGCAGUCACUAAGUAGGAAUUUCGGUCUGGAAGUUUCGUCUUCAAGUAUACCUUCGGAUCAGUUGAGAAUUAUUGAAAAUAUCAACACACUUAUUUCCGAGUUAACUUUGGAAAAGGAAGAGUUGAUACAAGCGUUGUCAACUGAGUCAUCACUAAGUUCCAAGUUGAAGACUUUGAACAAGGAACUAACCCAUAAACUCGAAGUUCAAACGCAAAGAUUAGAGCUGUUGACUUCUCAGAGUAUGGUGAGUGAUAACAUCCCAUCAAGAAUGCCUGGUCCCGUUACCAGCGUUGAUAAUACUCCUUACGCCGAUGAAGGUGACGAGGUUGUGGAAAGAGUUCUAGGAUGGAUAAUGAGGCUCUUUCCUGGAGGGCCAUCGAGGCGGCAAACUAAGCAUCUAUGAGUCUAAAAUACUCGAGAAUCGUUUACCGAAAGUUCACAUGUAGUCCAGAUAUCUUUUCACUACCAUUAGAGGUGCAAUUUCAUCUCAUUGGGAAAUUUUGUGCAAACACAGUGUUUCCAUGUUUAUUUAUGGAUGUGGGAAUACAAAUAGAGUAUAUUGAGUUGAAGAAGACACUGUAAAAUCAAUGUUUUUAUGGUUUUUCUUUUCUUCAAGAUAGGGAAAAUA